UAUUUUCACCGUUUUCUCAGCCAAUGAUAUUCCGAUUUCUGUAAUUGUUCUUUACCCCAUCCCUUCUCUCAUCCAGUAUAUUCCACUGUCCCAGAAACCCAGAAACCCACCGCCUUCAUCUUUUCUAGCUCUGUUUUUAUUUUUAUUUUUAAUCGUCACCGGUUGAGAUCGAUAUCUUCUCGAUUCUUCUAAUUUCUUCUUCUUCAUUCUUUUCUCGCUCUUCUCUAAAGCGAUCGUCAACCACAUCGGUGGGGACGACGCUGACGAUCGUCCUACCCCCACACUUAUUCAUUCGUGUUAUCUUUCUAUCUUCUUCCAGCUUUUUCAUUCCACCACCAUCAUCUAGCUAUUGAAUCGUCUCUCUACCGCCACCAUCAGAAUCUAGAACCGCUGAGCUCACCAGCUUCAACGCCGAUGAUCGCUGUGAUUAUUGGGGUCAGGGGUAGACGCAAGCUACAAGGUAUGGAGGACAUGUUUUACUACUAUAUGGCCUUCCAGUACUGGGAUUCCCUACUCAGCUCAUAUUCGUCUCAUUUUUCUACACCUCCACCUCCGCUUCCUCCUCUAUCGAUUCUUCACCUGACAGCUUGGCGAUGAUGUCGUAAGGUCGUAUAAUCCAUCUUUGUGAAUAUGGGUGAAGUGCUGAGAGGAUUUGGGGUCUCAACAUUUUUCAUGUAUCAAAAUUCCAGACCCUUGAAAAAAUUUAUGUAACCUUUUUGUUGUGUAUAUACCCUUUUUGUUUACAUUCGACUCUUGUGAUUCAAAAGGAUCCGAGUUUGGUUUACGUUUGGAUCCCCUUAAAGAUAAAGAAGACAUUUUUUGGCAAUUCUAAUAAAUCAACAAAGUUGUUUGUUUUCGUAAUUUUUUCUUAAAAAUAUCUUUGAAUAAUUCUAUGUAGCCAGCCUACAUGUACUGUUUUAUUAUUUUUAUUUUUGAAGUUUCUUAUGGAGAAUUUGAAUGAAUAUAUGAUGGUCUUAAAGGGGCGAAAAACAGGGGUUGAUUUUUUGAACUUCAUUCAAUUUCCUUUGUUUUCAAUAUGCACGGUAGAAGAAAGACGACGUAGGGGCUCAGAAGUAACACUGAUAAAUGCUUUGUGCAAGAAUCGGUUGUCGUAUGUUGUUGUUAUCGUCUGCAAUUUUAGGGAAAUGAAGGUUGAAGAACAAAAGUACAACUACAUGCCUAUAAGGCUGAAAGGAGAAUCAAGAACCAUGGUCAAAGAUGAAGAGUAA